AUGAAUAAUAAAUUGCAAGAAAACGUAUCACCUAAUGAAGAUGUGGAUAUAUAUGAAAAAUUAAAAACUUCUAUUAUAAAUAGAAAUGUGGAAGAAUUCUAUGAAGAAUGUGUAAGUAAAUUUUUGGAGAGACUAAAAAAUAUUGGAGAUACUAAUCAUAUAAUAUGUCAUCACACUUAUUCUGACAUUGUAAUUUUUUUUUAUUUAAACUUAUUUGUUGAUAAUUCUGAGUUUAUACGUUUUGUAUUAUUAUCACAAGAUAAUAAUGAGAAUAUAAAAACUUGUAAAAGAAAUAUAGAUGAUAAAAAUGAAAAAUGUGUUGAAAAAAAGAAAGAAUCAUUAGAAGAAUUAGAAUCCUAUUUAAAAAACCUUAAAUUAAAAUACUCUGAAAAAAUAAAGAAGAUAAAAACUGUUAUUAUCGAUAAUAUAAGUAAUUGUCAAAAAUGUAUUAUGAUAUAUUAUUUAUUGCAGAAAAAAUUACAAGAAAAAAUAUCAUCUAAUAUGAAUAAGAAAGAUGAUAAUAUUACAAAUAUAAUAAAAAAAGAAAUUUUUGAAUUUAAUUUUUAUCGUAUAAUUAAUAAAAUAACAUGUCCAAUAGGUUAUAACAAUGUUGAUUCGAUUAUAUUAGAAUUAAUGUUAAAUGGUUCUAAAAUAUUUCAGAUAGAUUUAAAUUAUAUUUUAGAAUAUAAUAAAAUAAAUAAAGUAAAUUUAAAAAUAUUUAAAGAAAAAUUUAUUAAUUAUGAUAAUGAUGAAAUAUAUAGAAUCAUUAAAGAAUAUGUUGAUUAUGAUUCUUUAAGUUUUUUCUGUAAUCUUUUAUUUAAAGAAUUUAAAAGAAUGAAAAAUUUAUUAUUACAAAAUGAUAACUCUAAUAAUAAUGGAAAUGAACCAUAUAUAAUAAAAGAUAAUGUUAGUAAUAAUAAUAAUAAUAAUAAGAAUAAUAAGAACAAUGAUAUAAUAUAUAAUGAUAAUAAUAUGUUAUAUGAUUGCAAUAUACAAUGCUUAUUACCAUAUAUUUAUAUUCAUAUCUUUAUUCUUUUAAAACAUAAACAAGUUGAAGAAACUGUUAGAAGAGUUUUAAAAGAAAGGAUAAUUUUAUAUUCCUUAAUGCUUAAUUCUUUAAGAUAUUCUGAUAAUUUUAUACAGUUAAUUAUAUUUAAGAUUAUAAAUAAUAUUUUUAUAGAUGAAGAAGAAUUUUUAAAAGAUUCAAAUAAAAAAUUAAUAUCAUCUAUUUUUUCUUAUUGGAUCAAAUUAUCAGAUGGGUGUAUUGUCAAAAUGAUAAAUGCAAGUAUAACCGAUGAAUUAUCAACUAGCCAUAAUAAUAAUUUAAGUCGUAGUGGUAGUAAUAAUACAAAACAGAAUAGUAACAAAUUAUAUCAUAAUAGUUGUAGUAAAAAAACAAAAAAUGAUGAUGAAAAUUUUUUAAAAAAUAAUUUUACAGAUUAUGAUAUAUAUAAAUACAUGCAAAGCUUAAUUUGCGGUCUUUAUUUAUUAACUUUAAUAAGAAGGAAAAAAAAUAAAGAUCAUCAUCAUCAUAAUAAUAAAAGUGAUAACACAAAUAAUUUUUCACAUUUAGAAGAAUACAAUAUGGAUAUGUUAUCUUUAAGUCACUUUUUUAUUAAUGUUGAUAAUUAUAUAUAUCUUAUAGGAUUUAUGUUUUCUGAGAACAAGGAUACAAUAAAUAAUCUAUUUAAUUUAAUUUUUAAAUUAUUAUAUUUUAUUAAGUAUUUAAAAUCAUAUAUUAUUCAAAAUAGAAACUUGAAAAAUAAAUAUUUCGAAGAUACAUGUAUAUAUUCAUCAAUAAAUAUAUUAUAUAAUAUCAUAGAAGUAACAAAGAAAUUGUUUAUAAGUUAUUUUCAUAUAGAUGAAUAUACAAAAAAUUUGUAUAAAAAUUAUUUUAGAGACAGGCCAUUGACCUUUGAGAACAUGGCCUUUUAUAUUAUUCCUUUGUUUAUAAGUCAUGAGGAUUAUUAUAUACGUAAAUAUGCAAUUAAGGUUUUGAUAAUCCUCCUGUCCGAUGCGAACAUUCGAGAUUCGCUAGAUAAGAAAAACAUUUUCAAGAUGUUCGAUUUAUUAAUAAACAUAGAAGGAUGUAAAGGUUUAUCACAAAAUGAAGAAGAGGAAGAGAAAAAAAAUAUGAACCAACUUCUUCUGUUACUGUUUAAAUGCAAUAUAAAUGAAAAUAAGUUAUCAUCUAAUAUAACAAAUUUAAUAUUUAGUGAAAAGCAAAAAGGAUUUCUUAAAUAUAUUUCACGUUUAUGUAAUAAUGAGGAAUAUUCUAUAAUACAUAUGAAAAAUAUUUUUGAAUAUUUUUUUGUUUUAUUAGUUAAAAUAAUUAAUAUAAUAAUAAGAAGAGCACAAUGUAGUUUAAAUAUAGAAAAGUAUAAAGAUCUCUUUAUGAAUAUUUAUGAAGUUGUAGAAAUAUAUAUGAAAGAAUUAAAAAAAGAAAAAGUAAAAAAACACAAAUUAAUAUUUUUAUCCUCAGCAAUAUAUUUAUGUCAUUUAAUAACUAAUAGUAUAUAUAAAGGUAAAAUUCAUUCAUCUGUUCCUUAUUUAAAUAUUGUAGUAACUUUAAUAAAAAAUAUAGAACAUCAUUUAAAUUUCAUACACGAUGAUUUGAUUUGUAUUAAUAAGAUAUCUAAUGAUGUAAUAUCAGAUAAAAAAUUAUUAAUUGAUACUCAGGAGGAAGAUAAUGAAUGUGAUGAUACAAAAAUUGUGAAGGAUUUACAUGUCUUAUAUUUUUAUAAGAACUUAUAUAGUGAAGAAUUAGGCACAACUAUAAGCAACAAUAAUAAUAUGAAUAAUAAUAUGUGUAAUAUUAAUGGAUGUGAUAAUAUAGAAAAUAUUGACCAUAGUUAUAUUAACACAAUUUCUAAAGAAAAUAAAAAUAAUGAUAUAAAUUGUAAGAAUAAAGAGUUUAGUGAUAAAAACGUUAAAUCUAACUCCUUGGAUAACGAAGGAAGGAACAGUUUAGAUAUAUUAAAAAACAAAAUAAAUAAAUAUGAAAAAUAUAUAAAAAUGUGUCUUAUUCAAAAUAAAAAUAAUGAUGAAAUAAUUUAUAAUUAUAUAUACUGCUUUUUUUAUUUGUGUGUUAGUAAUAUGAAUAAAAGAACAAGAAAAAAUGUGGUAAAGUCAUAUGAUUUAAUUGUUAAAUAUAUUAUGAGAGAUGAAUAUAAAUUGCAUCGAGUAAAAAAAAAAAGUUUACUUUUUUCUUUGCCCACAUAUAUUAUUAAAGAUGUUGAAAAUGAAGGCAAAAGAUAUAAUUUAAUAAUUGAUAAAUAUGAUUAUAUAUUAAGAAGUUAUAUAAUUGAUUUAUUUAAAUGCAAAAAAUAUUUACCUUGUUUACUUUUAUCAUGUUUAAGUUUUACAAAUACAAUGAUAUUAUUUUUAAAAAAAAAAAAUUUUAUAAAUAGUACGACUAACCAUAAUAUCACGGAGAAGGAAGAUUUAUUAGAUUGUUUCAUGCUAGUAAAUUCAAAAACAUGGUUUUAUUUUAAUGUUAUAAUUGAAUGUGUAUGUGACUAUUUUGUCAAAUCCAAAAACAAAAUGGAUGUAAAAGAUCAAAAAAUAAAAGAACAAAAUGGAAAUACACAAAAAUGUAAUAAUAAUUAUAAUAAUAAUGACGAUAUUUUAAAUAAAUUUGUAUGGCAAAUUAUUAAUUUAAUAAUAGACAGUAUAUGGAAAAUACUUAUAUAUAUUUUUUAUAAUGUAAAAAUUAAUAUAUUCAGUAUAAAAGUGAAAACAUUCAGUAUAAAUAUUUAUGGAAGAGCAGCAUUAUUAAUGUUUUUAAAAUUUUAUGAAUCUUGGAUUAUAUUUAUCAAAACCUUUUUGACAUCAGAAAAACAAAUAUUCAUAUCUAGAACUAUAUUGUUACCUGACUUAUUUUAUAAAAAGUUUGGUUUUUUAUCAUCCCAGGUAUUAAGUUAUUUUCAUUUUAUUGAAUCUAAUUUUUUUUCGGAUAACCAAAAUGAAAUUAAUUUAACAUUAUUAGAAAAACAGAAAGAUAUGAUGAAUAAUAUAUUGGAUGUUUUAAUAUAUUUUAUAAAAGAUAAGGAUCAAAAGGGUUAUGUGAAUGAGUUAAAUAGUUUGUCACAAUUUAAAUUAAGGAUAAAAAAAUUAACCUUUCCAAAAAAGUUACAAGAUGCUUUUUUAUUAUCCACAUAUGACCAUGUUUUUAAGAAGGCCAAGGAGUUAUUAUUACGUGUAGAGAAGACAAACACAUCAGAAUUGGAUGAAUGUCGUGAUGAAGAACCAGAUAUGGAUUCAAAUUCUUUGCAAAUGCUCAAGGGAGAUAAUAAAGAAAAUGCUAUUAAUAUUAACAAUUCUGAUUUAUUUGUAGAAAAAGAUUCAAAAAAUAUUAUUAGGAUUGACUCAAAUUCUAAGGAUGUAAAUGUAGUUGAAAAAGAUGAUAAUAAAGGAGGGAAAAAAGUAUUUUCUUUAGAACAUGCUAAAAAGAUUAUAGAAAAAAAUGCCGCUUCAAAAAAUACAAAGAGAGCAAUAGUAUUGAAUGAAAAUCUUACAGAAAAAAAUAAACAACAAUAUUUCAAAGAGAUGAAAGAAAAAAGAAAAGAAUCAGAAAAUUGCAUAAUGAAAUAUUUUAUUAUGUUACAAGAAUUUUUGGAUUGGGAUUUUUUUAAUUUAGAUAAUAUUCAGAAAUAUAAAAAUUCUAUUAGCGAAGAAUUACCUAUACGUUUUGAUAGUGAGGAGGAGUAUCACAAGUUUUUUCGCCCAAUGGCUUUGGAAGAGUGCAGGUGUAGCAUGCUCAAUAACAUGGUAGGAGAUAUGAACAAAUAUGUUAUAAAUAUUGUAGGUAAGAAAAAAAUGCCUUAUUGGGUAAUAUGGCAUGUAUCAUCAAGCAGUGAGAACAAGCGCAAUUUAGAUAACAUAAAACCCAUGGAUUUAAUAGCUUUAAUUCCUUUUGAUGAGGAGAAAACUAAUAAUAUACUUGCAGAUAAUAAUGAUACAAAUAUAAAAUAUGAGAAAUUAAAAGACAUUUUGAAAUGUACUAAGCAUGUUAUUGGAUUAGUUGAUAUUGGAUCUAAUAAAUCUGAUAAUGUAUUUGAUAUUAAAUUAAUUAAUGAAGACAAUUUACCUUGUAAGGUUGAUAAUGAGAAAACUCGUUUAAAAUUAAAUUUUAUUACAUGUAAUAAAUUCCAUGCAUAUGUAUUAUGUAACCUUAUGACUAAUAUUAGAGAAUUUCAAAGUAUAUAUUUAAGUCGAAACUGUCCUCUUUUUAAUUUAAUAUUAAAACCUAUAGGAGAUAAUAAGGUAAGAAGUGGUUUAUAUAGUAUGAAAAAUAAUAAUUAUAUAUAUAAUUGUGAUAAGGAUAAUAAAUUAAAAAAUGAAUUAAAUAAAUUAACUAGACAGGAGAAAGUAAUAUUAAAAAUUUUGAGUAAAUAUAAUUUAUUAAAUGAAUCACAAAUAGAAGCUGUGAAAUUAAUUCUUUUAAAUAAAAAUAAUAUAUCUUUAAUACAAGGACCACCUGGUACAGGUAAAACAAAAACUGUUAUAGGAAUAGUGUCUGUUUUAUAUGCAUUAAUAAAUAAAAAAAAUUAUGAAAAAGAUAAGAAAAAAAAAGAUUUGUCAUAUAAUGAACAAAAUGAUAGUUCAAAGAAAAAAAAAAUUCUCAUUUGUUCUCCAUCCAAUUCAGCAAUUGAUGAAAUUGCUAAGAGGAUAUUAAAUGAGGGCUUGUUAAAUUUUAUUAACUUGAUAAAUUCUUAUGAAAAUAAGAUAAAAAAGAAUAACACCACCACAUCAACAAAAAAAUAUAAUAGUAAUAAUAAUAAUAAGAAAAAUAUGGUUGGUGGUAAUGAUGUAUAUAAUUCUUCUGAUUUUAGUAGUGAUUUUUUUUGUGAUGAUCAACCUUCCAACAUUUCUAAUGAUAAAAAUAAUAAAUCAUCAAAGGAUAUUUUAUUAAAAGGUUUGAAAAAUAUAAAUAAAUCAAAUAAUAACGAUAUAUUAAAUGAAAAAAUUCAUAAAUUCAAAAAAGAAGCGAUUGCUCCUAAAUGUAUACGUAUUGGAUUAUCAAAAAGAACACAUGAAGAAAUCCAACGAAUUUCAUUAGAUUAUAUAUUUAACAAGAAAAAAAGUUCUGAUGAAAAUCUUUAUCAUAUACAUUUUGACAAGAAGAAAAAUAAAUUAAAUUAUUCAAUCAAAGCAGUAGAUUAUACAAAAUCAAAAAUGAAUGAAAUGAAAAAUGAUUUAAGUAUGAAUAAUUCUGAAAAGUAUAGUUUUGAUUGUAAUGAUAUUAAUGGAAAGUUUAUGUUUAAAAAGGUUGAAUUCAUUGAAAGAUUUUUUUCUGAUGAAUUAAUAAAUAAUUUAGAUAAAAAAUAUUUAGAAAAUUUGUUAUAUUUAUACAAUGAAUCAUUAUCACAUUAUGAUUGGAGUAUACAAAAAUUGAUAUCAGAAAGAAAUUAUUUAGAUGAAUGUAUGUCGAGAUUGAUUCAGACAGAUAAACAGAUUGGUUCAUUUUAUACUAGUAAUAAUAAAGAAGUUAUGUUAUCUGAUAGUGAAAUUAUAUUUAGUACAUUAUCUGGUAGUGCUUCUCCUGUUAUUGAAAAUUUAGAAUUUGAAUAUUUAAUUAUAGAUGAAGCAUGUCAAUGUGUUGAAUUAAGUUGUUUAAUACCAUUUAGAUUGAAAGUAAAAAAUAUUAUAAUGGUAGGAGAUCCAAAACAAUUACCAGCUACAACAUUUUCAUCAGAUUGUAGAAAGUAUGGUUAUAGUCGUUCUUUAUUUGAGCGUUUAUUGUUAUGUAAUGUGUCUAGUGUUUUAUUAAAUGUUCAGUAUCGUAUGAGACCAGAAAUUUGUUAUUUCCCAAAUAAUUAUUUUUAUAAUGGUUUAAUUAAGAAUGCUGAUAUAUUAUCGAAUAAACCUUUUUUUUAUUAUUUUCAGGAUUUGAAUUUUUUUGGAUGUUAUAAAUUUAUUAAUAUAGAUGGAAUAGAAUCUAUGACAUAUAAUAAAUCGUAUAUAAAUUAUGUUGAAGCAUAUUUUAUAUAUAAAUUAGUAUUAUAUAUAAAAGAUAUUAUUUCGAAACAUCGAGAUAACUCUAAAUCUGUUCCUAAUUUAUAUAAAUUACCUGUACAUUUUAGUUUGAAGGAUAUAGGUAUUAUUUGCCCAUAUCAAUCACAAGUACAUUUAAUAAGAAAUAUGUUUGAAGAAUCUUUUGAAGAUAAAAUUGCAUGCCCCGAAGUGUCAACAGUUGAUGCAUUUCAGGGUAGGGAGAAGCACAUAAUAAUAUUUUCUUGUGUGAGGUCUAAAUUGGAGGUGUUAGAAAAUAGUAAGUUAUUACAUAAGAUGGGAGCUUAUAAUAAGAUGGAGGAUAAUAAAUGGAAAAAAAAUAAAGGAAGGCAUGCCAUGUAUGAUAGUGACGAUAUUUCUGAAUAUAAUAUGGAUGCAAAUGAAAAUAAUAAUAAAAGUAGUGGAAAUGAAUUUAAUAGUGAUGAUGAUGAUGAUAAUCAAGAAUGGAAAUACGAUUAUAAUGAUGGGGUACAUACCAAAAAAUGGAUAUCUUCUAAAAUGCCUAAUAUAAAAAAUGAGAACGAUUUUCGAGCUAUACAAAAAUUUGGAAAUAAUAUUGGUUUUUUAAAAGAUGAAAGAAGAUUAAAUGUUGCUUUGACAAGAGCUAAAGAUUAUUUAUGGAUAAUAGGAAAUCGUAAAAAUUUAGAAGUGAAUGAAACAUGGGAUUGUUUAAUUCAGAAUGCUAUAAUGAGAAAAUGUUAUUUAGAUUUAAAAAUUAAUUUUGAAAACAGUACAACCGAAAAUAUAAUAAAAGAGAAAGUCAAUGAUUUUUUUAUACAUUUGCAAAAGGACAUAAAUGAAAAAAAAUAUGAAUCCUCAGAAAUGAGUAGUAAUUUAUCUUCUAAUUCGGGUAUAAUCAAAGAAGAUCACGAUGAAGAAGAUAAUUAUGAUGAAAAUACAGUAGAUGAAGAUAAAUUAUUUAAAAAUAAAUUUGGAUUAAAUAAAAAUAAGUAUAAGCAAAAUACAAUUUGGAAUAAUUCAGUGGACAAAGAAUUUAGUUUUAGUCGAGCUUAUACAGGAAAUAGUUACUGGUCGAAUUAUAGUAAUAAUGAAAAAGAAAAAAAAAAUAAAAAUUAUGAAAAAAAAGGUAAAAGAAAAAUAAAUGACUCCUUACUCGACGAUGAUUUGUUAACAAAAAGAAGAAAAUAUGACCCAUACGAUAAUUCGAAUGUGUGA